AUGGGCACCUCACGGGCUCUGCUGUUCUUCCUGCUGCUGGCCUCGAGAGUAAGGGUCCUCGCCUUCAAAGCCUCUUCAGGAGUUCAGAGAACCAAUCUCUCCUCGGACUCAGAAAGCUCUUCCCAGGGCCCGGGUUUGAAAGUUCCCUCCAUCAAACCCCCCAGCUGGAAAUUUCCAGAUCAGUCUCCAGGUUCAAAAGCUGAUAUCCCUCAUUCUGAAUGGUCUCCUGAGGUGCUGAAUUUGAAGGAUGUGCCCGGGUCCUUCGAGUCUAGUGUUUCUGCUGAGAGCGAAAAGCUGAACCCGGACCCCUUCUCUGGAAUCCCUGGUUCCAAAGUAGUUCCUCAUACCUCGGGUUCUCAAGUUCCCGCCCCAAACCCGGAGGCUUCCUCCUCUGUUAAGACCCCAGCUUCCAACAGGCAAGUCCCCAAUACUAACGUCUCUGUGGAGACCCCAGUUUCAAAAUUCUCCCCUGAGGAUGAGGAUCUUAAAUUCUCUGCCCAGAGCCUGGAUUCCAAAGUUCCCUCAGAGGCCCCCUCGGGGUCAAGCUUAUCCCGACAAGUGGGGGGCCCUCUUGCAGUGCUGGUGGGGACCACAAUCCAGCUCCCUCUGCUUCCAGUUCCUGGCCUUGGUACCCCUUCCCCUCUGCUGGUUUGGCGCCAAGGUUCCAAGGUGCUGGCAGCUGGGGGCCUGGGACCAGGGGCCCCUCUGAUCAGCCUGGACCCCACGUACCAAGACCGCCUACAACUUAACCAGACCCAAGGGAGUCUGGAACUCUCCGCUGCCCAGCUAGAGGAUGCUGGGGUCUACACAGCUGAGGUCAUCCGGGCCGGGAUCUCCCGGCAGAUUUGGGAGUUCAUUGUGCGUGUAUAUGAGCCCGUGUCCAACGUGUCGGUGAAGCCUGAGGCCCCGGAGACCGAGGAGGGGGCGGCGGAGCUCCGGCUGCGCUGUGUGGGGUGGAGGCCGGGUCGCGGGGAGCUGAGCUGGACCCAGGACGGGCGCGUCCUGGAGGCAGCGGACACUGCGGGAGUGGAGCCACCCCGGAUCCGCGUAGAGGGCGACCAGCUGCUCAUCGCGCGCCCUACGCGCAGCGACCACGCCCGGUACACCUGCCGCGUCCACAGCCCCUUCGGCCACGCGGAGGCCGCGACCAACGUCAGUGUUUUCUACGGCCCGGAUAUGCCGGUCAUAGUCUCCUCCGACCGCGACGCCGACCCCGCCCUCUUUGUCACCACGGGCAGCAACGUGACCCUGCGCUGCACCGCCGCCUCGCGGCCACCGGCCGACAUCACAUGGAGCCUGGCCGACCCGGCCGCGGCCGCGGUGCCCGCCGGCCCGCGCCUCCUUCUGCCCUCGGUCCGACCCGGCCACGGCGGCGCCUACGCCUGUCUCGCUGCGAACCCGCGCACCGGCCACCGCCGCCGCUCGCUGCUCAGACUCCUUGUGGCGGAUCUGCCCCCCGGGUCCCCACAGUGCUCAGUCGAAGGGGUUCUUGGGGAUCGCGUCCUCCGCUUCCGCUGCUCGUGGCCCGGCGGGGUCCCUGCCGCCUCCCUGCAGUUCCAGGGUCUCCCCAAAGGCGUCCAGGCGGGACCGGUGUCCUCGGUGCUCCUGGAGGCUGUCCCCGCCCACCCCCGGCUCAGCGGCGUCCCCGUCACCUGCCUUGCUCGCCACAUGAUGACCACGCGCACCUGCACUGUCACCCCGGAGGCCCCUCGAGAGGUGCUGUUGCAUCCGAUGGUCAAGGAGACACGGUCAGGGAAGGUGGAGGUGGCGCUGCAGGCCUCUGGCUGUGCCCCCCCUUCUCGAGCAUCUUGGUCCCGGGAAGGGCGGACCCUGGCCUCCAGAGGCGGGCGCCUGCGGCUCAGCCAGGAUGGGCUGAGGCUCCUGAUCAGCAACUUCAGCCUGAACUGGGACUUGGGAAAUUACUCCGUUCUGUGCAGUGGGGCGCUGGGUGCUGGGGCCGACGAGAUCACCCUCACUGGACCUUCUAUCUCCUCAUGGAGGCUGCAGAGCACCCGGGAUGCAGCAGUGCUGACUUGGGAUGUGGAGCGAGGGGCCCUGAUUAGCAGUUUCCAGAUCCAGGCACAGGAGAGUCCUGACCUGAGCAGAGCCACCGCGUCCAAGGACUGGAUCUCCCUGCUCACCCUCGGACCUCGGGAUCGCUCAGCUGUGGUGCCCCUCCUUCCUCAGAAGCCCCAGGUCUGGGUCUUUCGUAUCGUGCCCACGCUGGGGCUCCAGCCAGGGACCCCAUCCGAAAGCCAGGUCUACCGUGCCGGCCCCAUCCUGGGCCCCGGGGCCAUUGCUGGCAUCGUCCUGGGCUCCUUACUGGGCCUGGCACUCCUGGCAGCACUUCUCAUCCUGUGUAUCUGCUAUCUGUGCCACUUUCAAGGAGAGACUCCUAACAGAAAGAAGCAUACUCCCAGUUUGACCCCUGUUUCACCCUAGGAAAAGAAGAUGCAGAGCGUGACCCCAGAGCAGACCCCACAGCCUCUGCCCCUCGAAGUUCCUCCGGAGGACCCUAGCCCAACCAGGGCCCACCCAGCCUCUGGUCCCAGCACAGUCAACUUUCCACGUGGGGACCCCAAGAUUGCUCGGGCAGCCACGCAGGCAGCUGGCCGGCUGACAGCAGGGAGGCCCAGAGCCAAGAUGGAGAUCGUGCACCUGCUCACAGAGGCUGAGUGA